UUAUAAUAUGCUUGAAAUCAAAACUUAAAUAAUUAUGAAAACUAAAGGAAAAAUAUAAAGAAAUAGAAAUUUGGAAUAAAAUAUAUAAAUAUCGAAAACAUGCAUUAUCCAUAAUCCUUGAACAUCCCCAUCCCCAUCCUAAAACCACCACACCGUUACCAUGAAUUGCCACAGUGGACGGCGACUGUCAUCGUACGUCUCUAUACCACGAAAGCGGAACCCCUUAAAAGGGACUGUCAUCGUGGGAAUCGCUCUCUAAUAGGGAACAGUAUUGAGUGCUAGUGAAAGUGCAAAUCCCUCCGGAAGGAUAACCGGACAUCCUCGGUUCGGAACGGUGACAGGACCUGGAAGACAUCCUCUGUGUUCUCGAGGCGCCACUAUCCGUGGCCGGCGGCACGACACGACGGCAUUCGAGUCCACGCUCCCUCAACCGGCGGUGGGACGCCCGCUUCCAAGCUGUGGUCUGCCGAUGCAAAAGCCAUUCAUCACGUCGUUGGUCAACCGAUGCCAUUCACGGUGGUAAGUCGCGGAGAAGCCACGUUCCACGGCCCGCAGAGCGAGAAGCAGCGACGUGUCAAGCCUAGAGAAAUCGCCAGCCCCGACCCCGGUGAGCGGACAUUUCGUGAGGACAAAGACGGUUUCCCCUCCGCCGACGAACGAUGGUGUGGAGCAGCGCUCGAAGCCGUAUGUGGAGGAUCCAAACGGCAUUUUGCAGAACGUUUCAGUGGUAAAGGUGUGUAAAUUUCCUUUCAAUCUAUUCAUUUCCUUUGUCACAAAGAGCAUGCAAAUUAAAAUGAAUGAUCUGUGAACUAUGAAAUUAGAACUAUUUUUCUUAAUGAGUGCAUAGCCCUGAUUAAAUUGAAAUCUAAUCUCUUUUUCGGUUACUCCACCUUGUUUUUUAUUCAAGGGAAGUCCUUCCGCUAUUAACCAAUUCUUUCUGGAGCUUUCUGAAUUAUUAGUGAUACGACCCUGAGUCCCAGGACAAAGCCUGGAAGAGGACAAUAGGUGUCCUGAUCAAUAAGAUAGUCUUACAAUUGGCGCUCAACGUUAAAGAAAAGGUUUCCAUUUUAACUAUAAAGUGGAACCCUUUUCAUCCACGCUCCGGGAAGAAUUGGAAACCAUUCCAAUUGUUCUUAACAAUAGUGUAAUUGUGAUCAGAAAAGUAUUGUUAUCAAUGAAAGUGCUUUCGUUCAUUCAAACGGGUUCGAGUGAUGAAAACUGCUAUUCAAUUUAUUGUUCACCUCUCGUACAAUCAAAAAGAAAUUGGCUUUUGUUCUCGAUAAUAUUUAGUAAUUAAAUUAGCAGAGUUAAAUAAAUAAUUAGUGACUUUUUUAUGGUGAUAUAUUUCAGUUGUUCAGUUUUAUAUUUUCAUUGUUAUUUUUCAAAAUCAUUUUCUAUUAUUCUUAUUAUUAUUAUUAUUAUUCUUAUUUUUUUGUUUCGGUUAUGGUUUAUAGCAAGUGAACAGUUAAUUUUAUACUCGUUUACGUUAAAAAACUAUUAUUUUUCUGUUUUUGUUUGGUAAGAAUAAUAAGUAGUAGUUUCUUUCAGUAUAAUAUAGUAUAGGUUUAGUCUUUUUGGUUUUUUUUCUUAUUUUUUCAUUUUUUAUUGGUUUUUGAUACAUUGUUCAGAAAUGGCAGAAGCACAAACAAAUUUCACUCAAGCGGUGGAUAAAAUUCGAGAGUGGUACCAUAGUUUGAGGGUGGAUCACUUAUCACAGGAUGAGCUCGAUUUUGAACUGGACAUCCGUUCAAUUAUAAUACGCGAUGAUCCCACAUACUCGAGAAGGCGAAGAAGCCUCCGUGAUCAUUUGAAAUCAGAAAAGGAGAAACAAACAAUAAUCGAAGUGGUACUGGAAGUCAAUUGGGAAGAAACUAUACAAACGUUCCGGCAAUAUUAUGACAAAUUAUGCGAAGGGCUUCAACAAAAUGACAAAAAUCUCAGAGUGAGAGGUCAAGCCAAAUUGUUACAUUUCGGGCAUAGGAUUGUUCUUCUUUUGAAUAAUUCUGCAGAUUCGGGAGAGGGGGAAACAUUUUUGAGAUCGAUGCUCAUGGAGGUGGUGUCUCUUUUAGAGAAGUACUUCUAUACUGGUAAACAGGUGCCUAGUGCCAUAAACCCCGAUGGUUUGAGUGACGAGCCGUUGCUUGAUUUGUUCCGCUUAGAAGGUGACUUACCCGCGGCGGCUAGAAAUGUGGUGGUAGGUAGAGAGGUUCCAAUAGAAGGAACUAUGCUCCAGGGGGAAACUCCGGUAGCCUCGCAGUAUGAAGGGAGUGAUUGUGUUCUUCAAUUGAAGGCAAGAAUAAAAGCGCUGGAAGCGGAACUGAACAAUCGAGACAAAUCGAGCAGUGAGGGGGUUCAGACUAACGAAUCGGGAAUGACUAGUAGUAAACAGCUACCAUCGAGUGAACGACGAGCAAACACGGAGUUUCUCUCAGCAGGUCCCACUCCCCGCACUUCAUCUUACCCUUCUCAAUACCUCCCAAUGGUUAGCACUGCUAAUCCAAUCACUAGCGUAACGUUUUCAAUUCCACAGAGCUACUCUUCUGUCUUGCCUCCGUUGUCUACCUCAUGGCACAAUCACCUUUUGAAAACCUCAAAUGUACAACCACAGAGUUACACACAACCUGCGAACACCUGGUUAGGAAAUCCAGCCGGUAACGCUUCAGCUUCUAUCCCAUGUCUAGGUUCUACUAACAUGACUAGCACACAGCUUCCCAAUCCAUGGCUACGACCUUCAAACAUGAGUGGUAUGCAACACUGCAAUCCGUGGUUAGGUAACCCAAGCAAUGCACCGAUUCCCAGCUCAUCGAUAGGUUCUGGGGCACCGAUUUCCAAUCUUUUCCCCAAUCCGUCACUUACACCUUUCAAUCCAGUCCUAUCCGGUAACCAGGGACGAAAUUCUCUGCCAGUGUCCAAGUGGACAAUAACCAAAUAUGAUGGCGAAGAUCAAGGACUGAAAAUGAACCAGUUCCUGGGAAUGGUUCACGCAAUGGCGGUCGCUGAACACGCUUCAGAGGCUGAACUUUUCGAUUCUGCCAUUCAUCUUUUUAAAGGACCGGCGCUCCAAUGGUAUAUGACCAUGAGGGCCACAGGCCGUUUACUGAAUUGGCAACAUCUACUUCUAGAACUUCGGAGAACGUUCAUGCACCCUGACCUAGACACACUCAUAAAAAUGAAAGUCUAUCAAAGACACCAGUCUAGGAAUGAAACUUUUCUCCAAUAUUACCAUGGCAUGGAGGAACUUUUCGGAACCAUGAGCGUUCCUCUUCCAGAAUAUGAGAAGGUUCAGAUCCUUAUGCAGAAUAUGCGGAUCGACUACAAGAAGCAGUUGAACUUUCUUCCGAUCGCUGAUCUUCCGACCCUUGUGGCGGCCGGUCAGAAGAUCGAUUCUGUAAACUUUUCGGUCUACAAUAAAGUUUUUGGAUCUGAUAAGUCGGUGAAUGUGGUUGAAUCUCCAGGAUCAACCACUAAACUGAAACCGGAGAAACAUCCGAACCAACUCCCUUCUUGCCAACAGCCUCCGCAUGUGGGCAACUCUUCGCAAACAAACAGACACCAGAAGGGUUCACAGUCCCAUGACCUUCCUCGUCGGGGGUCAACUCGUCCACAAUCCACUCUAGAAGAAAUGAUUGCGUCACAUCAGCCUCUUUCAAAAAGGCAUUGCUUUAAUUGUGGCGUAUUCGGGCAUCGUAUCGAUCAAUGUCGUCUACCCAAAGGAGUUCUAUGUGAGAACUGUGGGUUCCGUGGCUACCCGUCUAACAAUUGCCCUUUUUGUGUAAAAAACGCCAUAUCAGCGAGUCAAAACCGCCGCUCGCUGAGUCAAAAUCACUAGGCGUAGACACUUCCCCAUAUUUCGAGCCGGCAUCGGACACAUUGUAUCCGAGAUCUCCGUCAUCGUACACAAUUUCUUACCCAUUUUUAAACGAUAAUCGUCCCUAUACUUUGGUGACGGUCUAUGGAGUUAAUUUCCGAGCACUUCUUGAUAGUGGAAGCAACCUCACGUUGAUCAAUGAAGUGGUGUACAAUUCUAUCAAACCGAAACAAAUAUUUCCCCUCCAAAACCCAAUAUGUUUACGCACGGCGAGUGGAGAAACACUCAGUGUGAAGGGACAAGUAUACUUACCAUUUUUAUGGAACGGAACGACCAAGGUUGUCCCUACUUUGGUAAUCCCAAACCUCGCAAUAAACUGCAUAGCGGGGAUGGACUUUUGGAAAACUUUCCACAUCCAACCCACCAUCACAGGGUGUGCGAUGGUUGAGAAUACCGGAGAAGAACUUAACCAAGAGCUGUUACCGUCCUCGUGUAUUCUGACUUCUUCAGAGCAGGCGACGAUAGGCCAGAUAAAGAAACUUUUUCUACCGGCCCGGCCCGGACAAUUAACCACCACUCCGCUGGCGGAGCACACUAUCGAAAUUGCUGAAGAAUGGCGGAGAAAACCGCCAGUUAGGCAAUUUCCCUAUGUCAUGUCCCCAAAAACUCAAAGCCUGGUUUCGACAGAGUUACAAAGGUUGCUAGACGCAGGUAUUAUAGAACCCAGCAACUCUGAUUGGUCACUUAAUUGUGUCCCAGUUGUCAAACCUCACAAGGUUCGGCUCUGUUUGGAUGCGCGCAAGGUUAAUGAGCGUACUGUUCGGGAUGCUUAC